AUGUCGCGCUCAUUAUUAUCAUCGACCGCUGCCCGUCGUCUCGCACAAGGCCCGGCUUGCCGGCUUUUCUCGACUUCCCGGGCUUCACGCCUCUCCGCAUUCUCCGACGGCGAACUCAUUUCUCAGCGCUCACGUCCUGUCGCAAGCGGAACAGCCCUUUUAGGCUGUUUCUCUAAGUCUCCUGUCUCUCGAUACACUCGUCAACGAUUUGCAAAUUUCUCUUCUACCUCCAUUCGUCCGGCCACCAAGGUUACGCAGAACCCAAGAACCGGAGAUGAUGGAGAACCUCUCACAAUUGGUAUCUCGCCACGGGCUAUAGAGCGACUACGUGAUAUUACCGACCCAACCUCUUCACCAUCGGCUAUCAAAGAGGAAAACCCUUACCACCACCUCCGCAUCACAGUCACCAGUGGUGGGUGCCAUGGUUUCCAAUAUAUGAUGUCUCUAGAAGGAGCAUCCAAAAUCGACCCGGAAGAAGACACCAUCUUCGAAGGCGAAGCAGAUGCCGCAGAGCCCGCGACUGAGUCAGCUGGUGAGGCCAAGGUUGUCAUGGAUGAACCCUCUCUCGAACUGCUCCACGGAAGUACUGUGGAUUAUACCACUGAGCUCAUCGGUAGUCAGUUCAAGAUUGUGGACAACCCACGUGCGACAAGCAAUUGCGGCUGUGGAACGAGUUUCGAUGUCAGCGAUUAA